AACUUUCUUAUAAGCAUACAAAAUGAAAUUCACGGUAGCAUUCUUAACUCUACUUACUAUAUCUUCAACAUGGGGUAUAAAGGCAAAGAUAGAUGAACCGAAAGACAAAAGAGAAGCUUCCGGUAGUUAUUUACCACCAAACAGCGGCCUCACUCAUCAUUACAAUGCACCCGGUCAAAAUCAACUGGAAGCUAGUGCUGUUAGCAUCGGAGCCGGAUAUAGCGUGGGUGGAGCUAAACCAAGUUACAGUUUCGGCGAUCAAGGUUCAGGAGCAACAUACCAACUACAACAAGACGGUCUGCCAGGCAGCGGUCAUGCGACUAUUCAACUUGCACCGAUUACUUUGCAUCCAGGUCACGGAGGUUUGGUUUCUAAUGACCUAUCUCAGCUCAUGAGCCAAUUAUCUCACGGAAUUAAUUCUGGAGCAAUCGCCCUUCCAUCAUCAGAUGGUCAAGGUCAGUUAUACCAAUUCGCUGGUCAAGGCGGUCAUGCUGGUCAAGAUAUUGCACUCUCUCAGUUGAGUUACGGUACCCCGAAAUUCCAGCAAUACAGCUUAGGUGAACAAAGUCAAGGAGGCGUUCCCGCUUAUGCACUGGGUACCAAAGGUCUUGGUACAUUUGGUUCUACUGGUCCAGUUUUAUUUUCUCCUGAAUCCUCCGCUAAUCAAGCCGCUUUCAGUUAUGGGGCACCAGCAUCUGGACAUUCAUUUGAAGGCGCUUCAUUACCUUUAGGUGAUGCAGGACAUGCUUUUCCUGGUUUCUCCUUUGGAGGUUCUGGACAAUCAUUAGGAGGAUCUUUAAAGGGUUAUGCAGCACCUGGUAAAUCAAGCUUUAAGCCAUCCACAUUCUUGGGUGCAUCCGUUCAAGCUGAUUCAGGUCUCACGCAAUCACAUGGAGCACCCUCUUUUGCCAAUUAUCAAUCUUCUGCCGGUGGUCAUGGUGUUAGCUCACUCGGGUCUGGUGGACAUGGUCUAAGCUUUGGAUCUUUAGCUGCCUACAGUGGUGGUUCAGCCAAACAAGCUGCUCCCUCAUAUUUGCCUCCAAAAUCUGAAGGCUAUGGUUCUCUAGAGUCAAUCGCAUCGGCUUUUUCUGCUAGUGGUCAAUUAGCAUCUCCUCCGGGAACUACAUAUGGAACACCAUCAGGAUCUUACUCAUUAAGCAAUGUACAUUCCGCAUCUGCUCCUAGCCCUGCUUACUACGUUACAUCCCACAAGCACUCUUCACCUAGUUUCGGUUCAGGAAGUUCAUCAUACAGAGGUCCUCUAUCUGGGCAUAGCUCUUUUUCUUCCGGUCCUAAAUACAGUUUUGGUGGACACAGCAGUACUCGUUAUGCACCUCCGAAGGAUAUUCAAGGUUCUUUCAGCGAAUCUUCAUAUAAUACAAUCAAAUACAGCGAGGAGCUAAAGCCCAGACAUAACUAAUAAAAAUUUAUUUAAAAUUUCUCCGAGUACGUUACUACUGUAAAUAAUAUAGCCUCGUGUGUGAAUAGAUAUCAUGAUAAAGAGU